UUAGCUGUCCCAUGAAGGGCUGCCUACUGGAAGGGAGUCCUUAGGGGGAGCUGCUAAAGGGCCAGGGAGAACAAAAACCAACCAGUGACUUGGCAUUGGAAGCGGCGCCAGGCUCUGAGUGGCAACUGUCAGGGAAUAUCCUUUGGUACUGCCAUGUAACCACUUCUUCAUUGGCAUAGGGAGGCAUGAGUGACCUCAUAUCCAAAUAGAUCAGAGCCCAAGAUACCAGCAUCUGUGAGGCAGCAUCCCAGCUGAGGCUUCUGUCACCAUGAGCAACACAAAUUUUUUUUUCCUUGAGGACAACAUUGUGUGCCCGAUCUGCCUGGAGGUGUUCACAGACCCAGUCACCACCGCCUGUGGGCACAACUUCUGCAUGGACUGCUUGCAGGAUUACUGGGACCACCAAGCUGUGAUUGGGGAGUGUCCCUACUGUCCACAGUGCCGAGAACCUUUCAGCUCACGGCCUCGACUCCGCAAAAAUAUAAGCCUUGGGGAAAUAGCAGAAAAGUUCACCCGGGAGGAGGCUCAGGCGACAGCCAAGCUUCCCUUGGCGGGUCCAAAUGAUAUCCCUUGUGAUCUCUGCUCCUCUAGGAAAGUGAAGUCCAUCAAGUCCUGCCUGCAGUGCAUGGCCUCCUUGUGCGAAAACCAUACCCAGUUGCACUACGAAGACAAAACUUUCAGGAACCACCAGCUGCUGGAACCCAUGGGUGACCUGAAAUCCAGACUAUGCCAGAAGCACCACAAGCUGCAGGAGCUGUACUGUAGGACGGAGGGUGGGUUAGUUUGCUACACCUGCAUCCGAGAGGAGCACAAGAACCAUGACGCAAUCCCGCUACAGGAGGAGAGAGCCAGGAAAGUGGUGGAGGCCAAGAGAGUACAAGCCAAUGUGGAAAACCAGAUCCUGAUGAUGGCAUCAGACAGUCACAAACACAAAGGGAGGGUGAUCUAUCUCACGAAAGUGGUCAAGAACUCAAGAGACGAGGUGAACCAAAGCUUUACGGAGAUUAUAAAGGAGAUCAAACGAAUGCAGGUGAAGGUGCUGGAGUUUUUCGACAAGGAGGAGAGAGCAGCCCUGGUCCAGCUGGGGAAUUCCAUUCAGCAAAAGCAAGGGAAGCUUGCUGACCUCAACAAGCAGAACCUCUGGCUGACAGGCCUCCUUGACAAUGCAAGUGACCAACAGUUCCUGCAGGAAUUCCCAAAGCUCAAGAAGUUGGGAGCCUGCACCGAACCCGUCGUCAGUCUGAAGUGCGAGGAGAGCUCAAGUUUUGUCAGCCUUAAACAGACCCUGGGUGACCUGAAGGCUCAGCUAGCGAUGGUUGGCCUCUGCUUCAUCAAUAAAAUCCUCACAAAAGGAAUAACAAUGCAACUCUAUGAGGUGAUACCAGCAGAUAUGGACAGGAAGAGCCUCCUGAAAUACUACUGCAAUCUGAACUUCGAUCCCAACACCGCCAGCGAGGAGCUCUUGCUGUUCAAGGAGACCCACUCCGUGCUGAACAUGGGCAUCCUGAUGGAGUCUUUCUUCGGGUCCUGCCAGGGAUUCAACCACUGGCCACAGGUCUUGUGUACCCGCAGCCUGUGUGAGGGCUGCCAUUACUGGGAAGUCGAGGUCUCAGACUCAUGGAUCUGCUUGGGAGCAACCUACAGUUACAUGCACAAGACUGGGAAGAGCUGUAUCUUUUACCUGAUUGGCCGGAACAAUACCUCCUGGUGCCUGGAGUGGGACUCCUUGAAGUUUUCUGUCUGGCACAACAACAUCCAAACCGUGGUGAAGGGCAGCUAUUACAAGACCAUCGGUGUCUUCCUGGACUAUGCUGCUGGCUCCCUGACUUUCUAUGGCGUCACCAACACCAUGAACCUCAUCUACCGCUUCCUGACCACGUUCACGGAGCCACUGUAUCCUGCAGUCAUGGUGAGCAGCGGCGGCUCCAUUACCUUGAAGCAGCAUCCAUUACCUUGAAGCAGUAAGAGCACAUUUGCUCCCUGUAGCCCACAAAGGCUCUUUGUUGCUAAUAAAAUUC